GGUUUGUUCCAAGGUUUCAGUGGGGUGUGACGUCGCAAAAAUCUAAAAUACAGCUGCUGACGCGCCUGUAGCCACACGUGGCAGGACCUGGCAACUGCGUUUUUGAACCCCCAAUAAAUUAAUCAUACCUUAUUAACUUCGGCAACUCAACUUUUUCUUCUUCGUUACGUCGAUCUAGAAAAAAAUUGGACAAUGUCUUUUACUCUAUCGUAGCCAUAUUUCACCAACGAACAGUAUGGCAUCCAGAUUCGGUCACUCGACACUACACCAGCGGGAUUCCCGCAGCGCCCUAUUCGAGGGCUACAACGGCAGCGGUAGAAAUAGCGCCGACCCGACGAGACGACCGAGCCCGGCUGCGCUGGGCGGCUACGGAUAUGGAUACCCCGGAGGCAAUGGCGCGGCGGUCGGCGGCGGGAGCGGUUCGCAUCUAGGCGUGGACAACAGAGGGAGUUAUAGGCCGGCGACACCGAAUUCGAGGGGACAAUAUAGCGAUGCGGUGCUAAACGAAUUAGAAAGCCAAAACGACCAGCAGGUCGAGGGCAUCUUAGGGAAGGUCAAGGUCCUUAAAGAUAUGACAGUAGCUAUCGGCGACGAAAUCCGCGAGUCUUCUGCGCUCGCUGAGAAGAUGAACGAUACGUUCGAUUCGACGCGACUACGAUUGCGAGGUACUAUGAAUCGUAUGCUUCUUAUGGCCGAACGAACCGGUGUCGGUUGGAAGGUCUGGCUUGGGUUCUUCGCCGCUGUUAUAUUUAUAUUCCUCUACGUCUGGUUAUUCUGAUGUAGACGUCUGCGAUAUAAAAUUACCAGUAGAACUUGCGAAUUUUGGUAUAUCGACUACCUACCCAUGAACGAAAAGAUGCAUAUACACAUACACCUCUAAAGCAAGAGACAGGGCUUAGAAAAAGCAGAGCGACAUUACGACUGGCGUUGCGGCGUGUUAACAUGCGAACGAAUGGCACGGUUACGAUACGAUCGUGAAAACGAAUAGGGAAUGGGGAUAUUCUCUGAAUACGGGCGGGUGGAUAGGAAUGACUCCGAGUGCGUACGUACGGUACGAAGUUCACGAGCAUACACAUGCAUACCUACUUUGGUACAUACGUAUUAGGGGGCAUUGGACAUUAGACACUUACUUGGACCAGUCAAGUCAUCAACAUUACUACUACAACGUUUGUAAUACUCAAUGUAUCAUAUCUAUACAUUCAUACAUACAUCAACUACAUCUUGCAUUGUCUCGUUCCAUU